AUGCUGAGACCGAAGAUGUGCUCUUCCAUGCCCCAAGGAAAUCGCGCAGCACCUGACGAAAAGGGCCUUUUCCGCGACCAACAGAUAGUCGGCGCCGCCCUCAACGGGGUGAUAAAAAAAGGCGAGCGGGAGGAGUGCGAGCGCCGAUUGGCCGAGCUCCGGGACGAGAAGUUCAAGAGCAUCUUCGGGCUCCUGUACAAAAUCAACGAGCGGGUCGACCUGUUCGACAAGUACGGGGUGGACGAGCUCUUCGAGUGCCGCAUACUGAGCGUCGACGAGAACUACCGGGGCAGGGGCCUCGCCAACACCCUCGUCGAGAACAGCAUCACCCUUGCCCGGAAUUCCGGCUUCAAGGUACACCUCCUCCUUGGGUGCACGUUAUAA